UACGUCAAUAGGAUUGGACGUUCUAUUGACGGACGUGCCACGGCAGGGGAGGUCAGUAUUGCUUUUGCUUGUGCAGCUGCGCCCGGAAGCCCAGAUCCUAAAUCAAUGAGGGAAGAAAAAGACGUGGGUUCUGUGGCAUCAUGCCCAGCCCAGAUUGAUUACUGUAUUGAUCAGCUCCAAUACUUCCCGACCCCCGUUGUUGCCUGCAUCGGCAAGAAACAAGCAAGUGUGGCUUACAGUUCGUAAAUAGUUUCGCGCUCAUCAGAGCAGACACGACAAACCCUUGAAAUUACUACUCCCAUCCUAGUCGCAUUCGUCAUCCUCCAGAAGCCCGCCCGAAAGUCCCUGCUGAAGACUUCUAACUAAACUAUCUGCACCCAACUCUCGGACGUAUCCAAGGCACUACUGAAGAGCGGCUAUCUGUAAGCACAGCAUUUGCUUUUAGCCACUAGGUCCGCUAGAUUCGACUACUACCUGAAUCAGAAGGCCGAACGAAACCAAGUAACAUUUCCUCGCUUCGCUUGACUUAGCAAGGAUCACAAUAAUUCGAUCCCUUGUCCACCCCUGGAAUUUCUUUUCUGGCUUCGGUUCCUCGAAUACAUCAUCCCCCCGCGCCCUCCACCUUUCCGCAGCAGAAGUUUGGUUCUCCAUCAUGGCCUACCUCUUCUACAGCACAAUACUCUUCGUCAUGGUCCUCGGUACGGGCCUUUACCUCUCGCGUGCACGCUGGACGUCACAACUGCGAGACAUUAACCUUCCCGGCAGCAACUACUUUUACUCGCGCCUCCAGCUGGGCUCAUCCUUUUCCGACGACGCCGAGGCUGGUCUCUCCUCGGCAAACUUUGACCUGACCGGCAACAUCGAUGAGGGCGACGCGAGGGCCGGCCUGGACGAUGCGGCCAAGGCCGAGAUUCUACGCAUCAUGAAGCAGAGGAGGCUACGGUUCGACGAGGCGAGGAAAGUCUACAUGGAAAACCGCUUCCGUGACAAUGGGAUCGGCCCGGACGGCAGGCCGAGAGACCCCAAGUUCGUGAGCUUCUCAUAAUCGAGACCUCACCCCCCGCUACAACCACAAGAGACGACCUCUUCCCUAUCGAGCGGGGGGAGGUUGCACACCUCGGAAGCCACCCUCAAACCCGCCGCCUCCUUCCUUGCCAGCCUCUUCACACUGGCUACCUUCAGUAAACGACCACAACUGGGGUACAUUGAUUACCCAGCCCCCGCCAAACUCUAUAUAGCUUUUUCUGUGCAAGAAAGGCAGCCAUGUACACUAUAGGAGGCGUAGGCAGUCUCGCUGCCACCCGCAUCUGGGUCCACUCGAUCUCCUCAAUAUCGACUUAUCGAGAAAUCUCUGGCUGCGCCUCAUCUAAUCUGCACAUACUCCGGAUUCCAACAUGAGCCAUUCAUUUAUAUUUUCCUUUGUCGUCCUCUUAUACAUACGUGCGGCUUUGCUACUUGUGUUCCAUUUCCUUCUUAUUUUGGCGUCACUUUGGGGACGGUUCUCUUCUCGCUUCCGGCGUUUCCGGCGUUGCCCUUGAUUAUACCAGGGACCUGGGCAAGCUCCACCGGACCAGCAUGAUGAGUUGCAUUGCUCGUCUAGGAGUCAGUCGGCGUGGGCGAUCAGCGGAUUGACAGAUUUUUGUUUUGUUUUCCGUUUGUUCCCUUAGUUCUGAUCCGACAUACAUUGCGCUCUUCACUUAUACACACAUGGGAGGAAAUGUGUGGCCUAAUAUCAGCGACUGUAUAUUCCAGGAGAUACCAGUAUUGAACAAUAUCGAGGCAUAUGCCUCUAUUCUUUCACAAUUCUUUUCCGGAUUUUCAUGCAAGCUUGUAAAUUGACAACCAAGGAAUGCUCCAAAAGACGUCUUAAGGUUUUUGGUCAUUAAAAUAUUAAAGAUAUUCUACCCAAAAUGCUUCCGAGCCACAAGAGAAGAGGGGGGAAAAGCCAGACAGUCUAACGCUGAUGAGUCCCAG